UCUAUACGGGGGGUGUAAAUUAAAAAUGAGAAUAAUAAAAUAAAAACUACUGCAGAGCUAAAAUUAAUAAAAAAUAGGAAAAAGAAGCUGAGCCCUAGCUUUUCGUCGUCGACACAAAAACCUCACACUCAGUGUCUCUUGCGCUUCUGUUGUCCGGGAGCUAAGUUUGAGCGGAAGUUCUAUUAGAUGGCAACCAGAUCAGACCAAGAUAUUGAUGAUGAUUUUAGCGAAAUUUACAAGGAGUACACUGGCCCUCUAGGAUCUAAUGCCACCAAUACACAAGACAGAGCUAAGGCAAACAAAAGGUCUCAUGCAGGUUCUGAUGAGGAAGAGGAACCUCGUGAUCCCAAUGCUGUUCCAACUGAUUUUACUAGCCGAGAAGCUAAAGUUUGGGAAGCUAAGUCAAAAGCUACGGAGAGAAAUUGGAAGAAGAGGAAGGAAGAAGAAAUGAUCUGCAAAAUAUGUGGAGAAUCAGGUCACUUUACACAGGGUUGCCCUUCUACACUUGGAGCAAACCGCAAGUCUCAAGAUUUCUUUGAAAGGGUGCCUGCAAGAGAAAAGCAUGUUAAAGCACUUUUCACGGACAAAGUGAUACAUAAAAUAGAGAAGGAUAUUGGGUGCAAAAUAAAAAUGGAGGAGAAAUUUAUAAUUGUUAGUGGCAAGGAUAGGUUAAUUUUGGCGAAAGGUGUGGAUGCUGUGCGCAAGGUGAUUGAUGAAGGUUGUGAUCAUAGAGGUUCUUCUAGUUCCCAUGUCACCAGAUCUAGGUCGCCAGAGCGACGCACUGAUUCUCAAAGAUCUCAUUCUGGUCCUCGAAAUGGAUCACAAUUUCAGCAUAGAUUUCACAGGCAGGAGAAGGUUGUGGAAGAUCGUGUUCGCAAUAGUCUGCAGAAAUAUUCAAGAGAUUCUCCACAAGGUAGGGACAGCAUAGGAUAUGUUUUCGGCGUGCAUAGGAAGCUGGUAAUCCCAUCUUAUGGUAAUGAUGGAGCCAGAGGCCGUGCAAGCCAUUCAAAAUCUCCAGCACAUCCUCCUUACUUGGGAAACUCAUAUAAUUCAUACGAUGGUCAUGAUCAAACCAUGGGUGCUUAUAGAACUGAUGGAUGGGAUUCUGAGAGAAGAGGAUCUGAUAUUCACUCUGGCCGUCAGUUUGAUUACCCUGCCUUCCCCCAGACAUUAGAGGAAUUAGAGAUGGAGUUUAAAAAGGAGGCAAUAAAACUUGGAAGAAUUCGAGACAAGGAAGAAGAUGAAGAAAAUUAUAAGCACCGUGAGGCUAUUAGGGAUAUGGGAGAAAACUACAUGAAGAAACUGGCUCUCAUGAGGGGUAUGCAUGCAAAACAGUGGGAGGAAUUUCUUCAACUCGAUGCCCAGAGGCGUCAACAACAGGCACAUCAGCAAUUAUCUGCUUCAGGUUUUGGUGGUUAUAAACAGAAGACUUUUCCCGAUUAUGAUGGCCCCUCAGCAAAUCCUCAUUACGGUGGGGCCAAUAUAGCAAUGGAUUCCAGGAACAGGUUCCCAAAUCCUGUGGAAAAUUAUCCUUCUAGACCUCAUGAUAAUUUCAGUGAGUUCCAGCGCCAGAGGCGUGAAGAUUAUGGGAAAGCUUACCAUCGAUACUAAGUUGGAUUCUGGAAUUAAGUUAGGGUUCUGUCUGGUUGGUAGGGCAAGGGCAUAAUGCAAAUGGGAGCUCCCAAUCUGGGUGAGUGGUGGUUAUGAUUUUGGAUUUAGAACUCUGCAAUUUAAUGUUUGACAGAUGUUUUUAUUUUUAUUUUUUUUUCUCUCCCUGUUGUCUUCUUCUUCUUCAUUUUGUUAGGUGCAUUGUGUUCUGAACUUCAGUGUUGUUUGGAAGUUAUCGUCUACUAGAUUGAGAUUUUUUAUUUAAA